UAUACGUGAGAACUGGUACAUAUCUGUACACUUGUAUUACAAUUAUUAUUAUCAUCAUCAUCAUCAUCAUUAUUAUAUAAAGCUUCAAAGCAACAACCCAACAACCACACCAACCAAAGUCUCAACCGGCAUUUUGGAAUAUCAUCGUUGUAACGACACAACGUCUCUCUAAACAAUCACAACAAAUAAUUAAAAAAAAAAAAACGACAAGAUGGUUCUUGCACUCACAAAACCAGCACCUGAAUUCAAAGGUACUGCUGUUGUCAAAGGACAAUUCAAGGACAUUUCAUUGGCUGAUUACAAAGGAAAAUAUGUUAUUCUAUUUUUCUAUCCAUUGGACUUUACCUUUGUCUGUCCAACUGAAAUCAUUGCAUUCUCUGAUCGUGCUGAUGAAUUUCGCAAAAUUGGCUGUGAAUUAAUAGCAGCAUCAUGUGAUUCUCACUUUUCUCAUCUUGCAUGGAUCAACCAACCACGUAAACAAGGUGGUCUUGGUGAUAUGGACAUUCCACUUCUUGCUGAUAAAAGCUGCAAAAUUGCACGUGAUUAUGGUGUACUUGAUGAAGAAUCUGGUAUUCCAUUCCGUGGUCUCUUCAUCAUUGACAGAGAACAAAAAUUAAGACAAAUUACUGUCAAUGAUUUGCCUGUUGGACGAUCUGUUGAUGAGGCACUCCGUCUUGUUCAAGCAUUCCAAUUCACAGAUGAACAUGGUGAAGUUUGUCCAGCUGGAUGGAAACCAGGCCAAAAAUCCAUGAAAGCUGAUCCAAUUGGUUCCCAAGAAUAUUUCAAAAGUACUUAAAUCACAAGAUUCCACCGAAUUUAUCUAUUAAAUAUAAGUGAGGUGUUUUUUUUUCUUUUUUUUUCUUUUUUUCAAUUACAUAAUAAUUAUUUUUUCAUAAAAUUCAAUUUUCAAUUUUCUACUUGUAGUUGUUAUGAAUUGAAUAAUAAUCAAUAAAAAAACAAUAAUAACUUUCAAUCAAUUGUAUCUUGAUUAUUUAUUUUACAAUAAUAUUAUGUAGGUAUAUCGUAUAUAAAUUAUUUUUUUUUUCUUUAAACAAAUAACUUGAGUGAAUGUGUGAGGCUAGA